UCAUGAAAAAGUGUGAAAAUAUUCAUAAUUAUAUCAUUGCUCUUGGCAGGAGUGAAUUUCUCAAUCUGGAAAGACCACCAUGCGCUGGUCGCCGUGCCUUGCCUCGCCUCCGAGCAAAGAGGAGAAAUCCCACUGUGCUACUGUGACAGGAAUUUUACGCGCAGCUGAACAAGGAUGCCAGAGGAACUCGCAAACUGCAGUGUGUGUUGCUGUACCACGACCAAUAAGAUACUCAUGGUGGUCUUCAUGAUAUCACUGAUAAUUGCUAUACUCUUCGGAAACCUCUUGACAUUAGCAGUGGUCUUUGGAACGAAACACUUCCACACUCCACAGGGUUAUUUAAAAGCCUCACUGGCCGUGGCAGACCUGGCUGUGGGAAUUUUUGUGGUGCCCGUAUCCGUUUACGCAGAAGUAUCUCUCAUGAUCUACAAUUCAAUGCCAGAGUGGACUGCACGCAAUUCCCAAACCACACCUUUCCACCCGUGCAAUUUCAUCGGGCCUGUAUUUGCGGGAUGCACUUUAGUUUCCAUUACAACCAUUUUCCUCCUGACCAUUGAAAGGAGCAUUGCCGUUUUGAGGCCACUGCACAAGGAAUCAGUCAUAACUAAAAAGAGAACAAACAUACUAAUAGUCUUUUCCUGGAUGGGCAGUUUUUUCCUGGCAAUAUCUCCACUGGUUUUCAGCGAUGAAAUCGCGCUGGAGUACAAUCCUUGCAGCCGCAUGUGCAAUUACGCGCUUGGAAGCGCAGACUUUCCAUCCCACACUUGGAACAUUCUCUUACUCUUCCCUGCCUUUGACUUUACACUGCUCGGAGGUACUGUUGUCAUCAAUAUUAUAUCCCUCACCACAAUCCGCCAGCAUUCAAAAAGAAGAAAACAUCUCGCAGAGACCGAGAGUCAAAGCUCAACGAAACCAACCUUCUCCGACAUCAAGGCUGCCAAGACAAUAGGCACUCUGACGCUGGCUUUCACCGCUUCUUUCACUCCCAUCGCCGUGUUUGUAGUUGGAAAUGUGUUGGGAAACGAAUGGUGCAAUUUUGCGUUUUUUGCCUUUUGGAUUUUGACCUCGAACAGCUGCUGUAAUGUUAUUAUAUAUGGUGUGCGAGACCAGAAGUUUAGAAGUCGCGCGUAUCAGCUGCUUGUAUCCGCUCAGUUGAACACCGCGCCUAAAAAGACGGAGUAUGAAAAUACUGUAAAUGGGGGGAAAGACAAUGAGGAAAUAGUCAAGCAAUCCUAAUUAAUGAUAUAACUGAGCAGUAGCCCGAUUUAGGUGGUGCUAACUGUAUUUAUUACAGGCCCCAUAAGCUACAGUAGUAUCUGGUUUCUAGCUGAACAUUAGAUGGACCAAGCUGGUUAAAAUGGCUUAUAGCUGGUUUGUUGCUGGUCCAAGGUCUACCAGACCAGCUAGAAACACAGCUGUCAUCUUAACCUGCCAGCUUUCCAGUCCCCCUGGAUGAACUUGAGGUCAAGAUACAUUGAGGAUAUGGAUCAUUCCUUGUAAUCAAACCUACAAUGUUUUGAUUGUCAGCUUAGAUCUCCAACCAUUAGGCCACAAAAUGCCUAUUGAUGCCAGUGUUAUUUAAUGCCUUCAUAACCACCUAUUAAAGGGAUAGUUCACCCAAAAAUGAAAAUUCUGUCAUCAUUUAC